AUGGCACCGCUGUCGACGGCCAUGGACGCCCUCCCUCCCCCGUCGCCCUCGCACCUGCGUCACGUCCACGCUCUCUUUCUGCGCUGCGAGUACCGUCGGUGUAUCACAGCAUGUCGCCAAUUGAUCCAAUCCAGCAGGACCGACGGCCCGGCAAAGUCUCUGCAGCACACCUUUCUUCAAUGCCAUUUGGCCCUGGCGCACGACGAGUUGGCUCGCGCCAUCCACGACUGCUCCACGACUAAACUUCCCGCCAUUCAUCAGGCCGAGCUGCUGUACCAGGAUGCACUGCGCUCAUUCCCCACCCCGGCAGACAGCAUGUCGGUCCCAACGCCUCAACGAGACAUCGACCCUUUCUAUGAGUCUGCUCGUCAUUUCACUCGCAACGACCACGCAAACACUCACUUCACCCAACAUGUCUCGCGCCUCCCUCCAUACAAGCCCGCCUUCCCCAACCCAACACAUCUGCGCAAAGACAGCGUCACAGCGUCCAAGACCCCGACCACCGCCGGCCCCUCCCCCAUCUCCCCAACCGCCUCAGACAUAGCAGAAGACUAUGACGAUGAUGAUGAUUUCAACGACCGCGACGACGACGACGACCUAGAGAGCAACACCAGCCAAGACCAAAUCGAAACUCCCCUUGGCACCAUCUUCCUCGGCCCCACCAAGUUGCCCCGAGACUACUCCUCCAUCUCCCUCUUACCACUCAUCCGUCCUCAAUCUCAGCAGCACCAGAAGCACCAGCAGCCGCGCACCUCGCGAGGCUUAAUGCGACCCAUCCGCACCGGCGAGCCUCCACAGCAGUACUACUGCCCACCCCGCCUGCCCUACUCCGGCCACCAUCAGCAACUCGCCACAUCCAAACUCCCCCGGCUCGACACGAAAUUGGCCUCGCCAACGGCACGCAAGCAGCUUCUCACCGCCAGCGAACAAGCAUCGCCCGUGGACGAGUACUCCCCCGUUUCGCCGAUGGGAUCAGAAGAUGGCGUAGCAUCGAAUGCGUCGGGCGUCUCUCCUAUCGAACCGCGUACACCUAUUGAGAGCGCCUCAUCGAGAUUCUUCAACCCCUUCUCCUCCCAACCGCCCCUCAAACAUCAACGACCCCACACAACCCACCUGGAAGCCAUGCAAACUCAGCUCCACCGCCACCUCGCCCUCCUGGAAGAAGCAAAGCAGCGCGCCAUCAGCACGCAAGCAACGCGUACGAGUAGCAGCACGUCCUCCACUCUCCUACCCAUCAACGAAAGCGCCUCCACCCUCGCACAACCUCACGCUUUCUGGCCCGCCGACACCGCCCAAGCCGUCGACAAGCAGACGCGCAUUCUGGAAGGCAGACAGCGGGGAUGGAAACGGAAGCGCUUCGACGCGGAGAGGUAUCGGCAUUUGGCUGAGGAGGUGUUGGCGGAGCUUUGA